AUGAUACCUAAUCUACCAUCUCAUCCGAAUCAAUCUCCAACAGAAGUAUUUUCAGUGGACAAGAACAGUGAAUCUCAUGCCACUCAUGUUACUAAUACUAUCAUAGAAAAAACACCUAUCAUAAAUAAAGCAUCGACAAAUGAAACAGUUACACGAACAAUGAAGUGCAUUCUACAAUAUCCAAAUAAUAGAAGUAAUGUUGUUUUUGGUACCGUUUACAUAUCUUCGAAAAGACAAACGAUUCAUGGAGUUCCACCUCAAGACAAUUGCUAUGAAGUUUCAAUUGAUGAAGUGAUAAAGGGAGCUGCAUUUUUACCAUAUCCAAACGGUGAUAUCAAAUUAGUUGAGGAUGCACAUAAAACUUUUGUUGCAUGGCCAAAAUACCUUGUCAAAUGUGACGAAAAGGUACCACGAAUGGGAUCAACUCAAGAUGAUGAACAUAAAAGCUCAAAGAAACAAAGAAAAAGUUUAACUCAAGAUGAUGAACAUAAAAGCUCCAAGAAGCAAAAAAAAAAUUAUAACGAGAGAUAG